AGAAGAUGUUUUGCUGCCAACAUGAAAAAACUGAAAGUUACUGUUGAUGAAAAACACAGAAUGCUUAAAACGCAUACGACAUUAAUAUAUUUUAUGCUGUUAUUAUUUUUCAAAAUGGCGAGUUCCAGAGAUAGCAUACUAGCCCACCAGCUUAAGCUGAGUUCAAGCCUCACAUGUCGUCUCAUUGGGGGCUUAACCAGAGAACAGAGAACUGUGUGCCACAGUUCUCCCGACACCGCAGCCAUAGCUUUCGAAGGUCUACAAAUGGCAGUCAAAGAAUGUCAGCACCAAUUCCGCUGGCACAGAUGGAACUGCUCUAGUCUAUUAACAAAAAGUUCCAAUCCUCAUUCCAGUGGAAUUAUGAAAAGAGGUUUCCGCGAAACGGCAUUCCUAUAUGCUUUAACAGCAGCGGGAGUGGCACACUCUAUUGCACGCGCCUGCGCUCAAGGUCGCCUGCUCUCUUGUGGCUGCGACCCUCUCGGGUACCGUGCCUCCCAUGACCGAGGGCGAGCUCGGGCGAACAAGUGGGAAUGGAGCGGUUGCUCCCAUAACUUGGCAUAUGGUGUCGAAUUCUCCAAGAAGUUCCUGGACGUUCGAGAGCAAGUUGACGAUCUGCAGUCGAAGAUCAACGUACAUAACAACAAUGCUGGGAGAUCUAUAUUAGCAUCUCACAUGGAGGUACGCUGUAAAUGUCAUGGUCUUUCCGGGAGCUGUCAAUUGCGAACGUGCUGGCGGGCCGCACCAGACUUCAGGGUUGUGGCUUCGAGUAUCAAACGACAAUACCGAAAGGCACUCAUCGUGGCCCAAGAAGAGUUAAACAACGAUCCGUCAGUACUUCGCGGUCGACCGCGAGGUAGAAGGCGAAGUCGAGCGAGACCAGCGCCGAAGACAAGCUUGCUGUUCUUAGAAAAAUCACCUAGUUUUUGCGAAGUAGAUACAAAAAUGGACUGCGCUGGUACAUCAGGACGCGUAUGCCGCAUCGGCAGGACGUCCCGGACUGGUUCAUGCGACUUACUGUGCUGCGGGCGAGGGCACGCACUCAUUAGGAAGUCCAGCAUCAAACCUUGCAACUGCACCUUCCACUGGUGCUGCAGAGUCGACUGUCAGAAGUGCCAGGACGACAAAUGGGUUGCCAUAUGCAAAUAA